AUGAGAAGGAAUUGUACUAGGACUAGGAGGAAACGUACAGACUUCCAGCAGCAGCAGCAACAACAACAGCAGCAGCAACAGCAGCAGCAACAGCAGCAGCUGUUGCUGCUGCAUCCGCAGGAAGUCGAAAGCACCAAUAGCAGCACACCUACAGCAGCAGCAGCAGCAGCAGCAGACGCUUCCUUCGGCUGCUCCAUGACGAGCCUUUCUUUGCCGCCUUCAACAGAAGCAGCUUCGGAAGAAGGACCACCAGCAGGCCACCACCAGCAGCAGCAAAUACUGCAGCAGCAGCAGCAGCAGCAGCAGCAUGAGUCCCAGCUGAUGGAAUCUGUAUUAACUCCAGAACCCUCCGAGGUAUCCUUGGGGGCCUCCCAGGGGCCCCCUCCAUCUUUGGCUUCACUUGAGGGCAGCAGCAGCAGUGUGAGGGUUACAAACAACAAGCGCAACAGCCGCCGACAGCAGCAACAGCAGCAGCAACAGCAGCAGCAGCGCCUGUUUAUGAUGAAUGCGUCCCCUGCAACUGCACAGAACAAUGACAGCUCUGCAGCAGCAGCAGCAGCAGCAGCAGCAGAGACGAUGCCUGCGUUAUGCGCAGCUCUCCCCACAUGGGUUGCUCCAUAUGGAUCCUCCAAUUCCGUUGUUAUGGAGUUAAAGGGGGCCCCAGAGGGGCCCCCAGAUGGGCCGCAGGGAGGGGCCUCAGGGGGGCCCCGAGGGGUGCAUCAAGAGGGGCCCCUUGAGGGGCCUCCAGAGGGCCCCCCAGAAGGGCCCCCUGCUGACGGGUCCCUUGGGACCGCAUUCGGUAGUACAACCACAUGGUACAUGCAACAGCAGCAGCUGUUGCAACAAGAGCCGCAGCAGCAACAAGUGCAGCAACAGAUGCAGCAACAGAUGCAGCAGCAUAUGCAGCAGCAACUGCAGCAGCAGCAAGAUGCUCAGCGGCAUCUUCUGCUGCAGCAAGAGCAGCAACAAGGAGGGGGUCUUGUGGCACAUCAUGGGCUGCAGUGGAGUUCCAUUGUAUGCGCAAUUGAAAAGAAGGAGGACCCAGCAACGGCACCUGCAGCAGCAACAGCACCUGCAGCAGCAGCAACAGGAGCCACAACGGUGCCGGCCCGCCCUGCAGCAACAGCAGCAGAAGCGGCUGCUGCUGCUGCAGCACAGCAGCUGCAGCUUGAAGACGGUUAUCUAGAGCCGCCCUAUCCUUUCCAAGAUGCCCAUCACGGCUCCUGCAACACGGACCCAGCAGCAGCAGCAGCAGCAACAGCAGCAGCAGCAGCAGUUGGACAUGAACCGCCUACAUCGCUGUUGUGUGAGUGGGAACGAGCGUCUCAAAAGAUAUGCAGCUUGCAACAGCAGCAACAACAGCAGCAGCAACAGCAGCAGCAGCACCAAGCCCUCCCUGCUGCGCGGCAACACUGGUUGGCCCCAAUGCCUUAUAAUGUAUGUGGGGUCCCUCCACCGUCCGCGCAUACACCCGAAGGUGCUCCGCUGCAACAAAUUGCCGCUCCUCAGCAGCUGCAGCAGCAGCUGGCACCUUCCCCCCUGCUGCAGUGCAGCAAGGCUGGGGGUCUCCCGGACAAUAGCAGCAGCAGCAGCAUAAGCAGCAGCAGCAGCGAUGUGAGCUGCGCAUCUUGGCAGGUAAAGGCACCCAGCAGCAACAGAAACAGCAGCAGCAGCAGCAGCAGCACGUACGCAGCAAGAGCAGCAGACCACCCACAGGUAACACAGCGAAGAGCAGCCGCAAGAGGCUCUAAUGCUUCUGUUGCCUCUCGGCCCCGACAUCGCACGAAGGCAGCAGCAGCAGCAGCAGCAGAUCAGCAGCAGCUCCAAAGGACAUCAUCGGGUUUCCCCUCGCUGCAGCAGUUGCUGGCCAGCAGCAGCAGCGACAGCUGCAGCUGCUGCAGCGCCAGCAGCGGAGAUGAAGAGACAGCGUAUCCUUCAUUGCUGCCAACCCCCAAUCUAGGGUUCUCUUAUGGGGGAGCCCAAGUCACACUGCAGCAGCAGCAACAGCAGCAGCAGAUGAACUUGGAGGCUUCGUCGUCAGCAGCAGGUGCUGGGGACCUCCACCUGGGAGCAGUAAAAGACGAGUGUUCAGCCUUCUCAAACGACCCUUCUUUGCUGGGGGCAGCAGCAGCAGCGCAGCAGCAGCAGCAGCAGCAAAACCCUUGGCAGGCCGUCACGGCGUCGGCAGGGCCGCCGCCGUAUGGGGAUGGAUCGGCUGCAGGAGCAGCAGCACCUGCAGUAGCAGCAGUAGGGCCACCAGCAUCUGGAGAAGCAGGAGGCCCAGGAACUGCAGCGGAAGCAGCAGCAGCAACAGCAGCAGCAGAAAUGCAUGCAGCUCCACAGCAGCAGCAUCAGCAGGAAUGGUGGUCAGGGGGUACAGACACCCCAAUGCUGCUCUCCCCAGGGCCCACGCCUGUAGGGGCCUCCCCUUGGGGCCCUCCCGAUUCUGCUGAGGCCCUCUUUCGGACAGACUGCAGCCUUCAGCAGCAACAGCAACAGCAGCAACACCAACAGCAGAGCCUCAUACAGCAGCAGCAGCAACAGCAACAGCUGCUGCUGCAAAGGCAAGAAGAAACCCUAUCGGCAGGAGGCCUCCGCCUCCCUGGGCAAGGGUCCUUCUUAGAAGAUUGGGGGCCCCCAGGGGGCCCCCACAGUUCAAAUGCAUGCCACAUAGAACAUAAUAAUAUUUGCAUCCAUGCAGCAGCAGCAUCAGCAGGAGCGGUUGCUGCUGCUGCUGAUCACGUCAAUUCUCAUCUGCAGCAAGACCCAGCUGAUCCGCAAAACUCAUCCUGCUUAGAUAUACAGGGACAGCAACAGCUGCUCCUGUUGGAACAGCAGCAGCAGCAGCAACUGCAGCAGCAGCAGCAGCUGCAACAAAGGCAACCACAAAUGCAGCAGCCAAGGGCGAGACGCAGGGCUAAGGGGAGCGGCAUAGAGCAGCAGGGGCAGAAGAGGCAGCGUAAUGAUAGUGCGAGAAGCAGGAAGCAGCAGCAACAGCAACAACAGCAACAACACCAGCAGCAGCUGCUGCUGUUGCAGCAAGAGAUGCCUUCAUGCCUUCCUGCGCAGCCGCAGAUACAGCAGCAGCUACUGUUGCCGCAGACCGCAGUGUCUCUCCAACAUCCAGGGGAAAUAAGCUGCAGCAGCAGCAGCAGCGUGCUUCAGCAGCAUGUGUCCGCUCAGCUGCCGCCGGAACAGGACAGUUUGGCUGCAGCAGCAGCAGCAGCCGCUGCUGCUGCUGCUGCUGGUAUUCCAGAGGCGUACUGUGCAGCAGCAGCAGCAGCAGUAGCGCCAAUGUAUGCGCCAUCUUGGCCUUUAGAUGCCGCAGACCCAGCAGCUGCAGCAGCUGCAGCUGCUGCUGCUGCGGCUGCUGCUGUCGGUGCUGGCGGGAUUCCUGGGGCCCCAGCUGUGGGGCCCCCCACAUAG